ACAAGUGGGAGGGGGUCGCUGACGAGCUCCAGUGGGAGAUUUCUGUACAGGUGUCCCUUCUUGACACCUCGGAGACGAUUUUCCAACAAUAUUCCUCUGGAGGAGUCAAAGCCGAUGAAAUAAUAAACGCUUGAUCCGCCCUGAAAUCCGAAAAGAGCAGCAGCGGCUGCAGCGGUGGAGGGAUGUGCUUGGCUGGAUGAGACCCCCGCUGGGUGAAGACGUGCAGCCGUGAAAGCCCAGCGCCGAUCACUGGAAGCUGGGCUGAAAUGGAAGCGAGGCGACGGAGAUCGAGCAUCAUCAGCCAAACGACCGCGUUACUAAUCGUCGGGAGGUAUUAAUUAAACAUCGAUUACAGCCCAGGAGACCGUGACAUUCGUCACUGGGCGGACAUCUUUACCGGCGGCUGGAACGGUGGCAUCUGCUGCCGUCAGAAUUCAAUUUUUCAUCCUGCAGGCUGCAAGCUGAGGGCCUGCUCUCAUGGUGAAGCUUUCAGGGAUUAAUCACUGAUCACGAUGAACAGCGAAACACCGUUGGUUAUCUCCAGUUUCUGGUGGAUUAGACUCAAAUUUCACAUGAUGAUGUGUCAAGUUAGCUGAAACGCUUUAAAAAAGAGAUACAUGUUGGAUUUGUGCUCCUGAAAUCCAAUGAAAAAAUGAGAGAAAAGCAGCAAAAAAGCAGAUGGGUUGGUUUUACCUCCUGAUCCGAAUGGGACUUACCUGACUUUGCGUUAACACCCUGCUGGGUGUCAGAUCUACGAUGUCAACCUCUCAGGCACCUGGCAUGGGCUCAAAUACCACUGAUGUUCGUCUGGAGCUUACUUUCACAGGCUCCAAUCAGGAACCAGGCUGGUCCUCCACGGCUGGCAGUGUGGUGAAGAUGGUGCUCAUAUCUGUGAUCGUAUGCUUGUCCUUGUUUGGGAAUGUGGUCGUACUGCUGGUUUUCCAAAGGAAGCCUCAGCUCCUUCAUGUCGCCAACCGCUUUGUCCUCAACCUCCUGUUGGCAGACCUUCUCCAGACAAUAUUAGUCAUGCCCUUUGCCAUUGCUGCUUCUGUGCCAGGUGUGUGGCCCCUAGAUGCUCGGUUGUGCCAGGCUCUGGUGGUAUCCAUGCACCUUUUUGCAUUUGCUGGGGUCAACACCAUCAUAGUUGUCUCAGUGGAUCGCUAUCUGGCCAUCAUCCACCCUUUGUCAUAUCCAACCAGAAUGACCCCACAUUUGGGCACCAACCUGAUUGUCUUCACCUGGGUGCUGAGUUUCCUGCAGAGCACGCCUCCUAUUUACGGCUGGGGAAACAUCGACUUUGACCAUCAUCACAAAGUCUGCACCGUGGUGUGGUCCUCCAGUCUGUCAUACUCUGCUGUGGUGUCUACCUUUUCAUUCUGGCUGCCCGUGCUCAUCAUGCUCGGAUGUUAUUGGAUGGUGUUCAGAGCAGCCCGGAGGCAGAACGCUCUUGUGCAUCCCAUACAGACUCAAUCCUACUCCCAGCCCUGCCCGCAGGACUUCCAGGGACCCGGCAGUCCACAUCAUCCUCAGCAGGUCAGUUCGCCCGAGGGUCCCUAUGCUGCCAGACGACACCCCGUUCGAGUUAAACACAGGCGUUUCCAUUACCACUGCAAGGCGGCUCGUGUGGUCUUUGUGAUCAUGGCUUCAUAUAUCUUCAGUAUGGGUCCUUACAGUAUACUGAACAUUAUAUCAAUGAGUCACAGAGCAGCUGUGCCCCCGUGGUUGUCUUCUCUUGCCCUUGUGCUCUUCUUUUUACAGUGCUGCCUACACCCGUACAUUUAUGGUUACAUGCAUCGUAGCGUGAGGAAAGAGUUCCUGGCUUUGCUCUACAGUCUGCUAUGCAAGCAGGGUCGGCCCCGCCAGAGCUCGGCCGUGGAGAGCUGCAUCACUACGACGGAGGGACGUUCCGGGGCUCACCCUCACCUUCCCAGUCUGACUGCUCGGGUCUUUCCUCUGCAGACCUGGGAGGAGUGCAUGACAUCCUCCUCUCCUACUUGUGAGAGGAAGUCAGGGGACAGCCGUAAAGAGACCACCUCUACCAGCGUCAGCUCGGACAGGGAGCUCCCUGUUCACAGCAAACAAAGCUCUUAGAAUGCCUCGGGAAAAUAAGGGAUUUUAUUCUUUGUGGAUCUUCAGCACACCAAGAUGAUUUCAAUCUGCUGACAUUAGAAGUGUGAAUGACUGAUUAAUAAAUGUUUGAAUAGAGAAAAACUUUUUUCCAAUCUUGUAUCAAUGAGAUUGAAUAAAAAUAGCUGUGAGGGAGAGAGAAGGAAGAGAAACAUUUUCAAGAGUUACCACAUGGAGUAUGUGUACAAAACCAGAGAUAAUGUUUUGUCUACUCAUAGUAUUAAAAAAAGAGCCCUUAAAAUUUUCAAACCUUGUUAUUCAUAUUAAUAAAUUAAUAUAAUAAUAUUUAUGUUUCUGUUAUGUGAUGCAUAGUCGGGCAUAACGGAGGGCACAAAAUCCUUUAGAACGAUAGCUUUGGCAACACUACAACAAGGGUCCAUUUAUGAAUGUUACUUAGUGCAUUAUUAAGCAUUAAUAAAAUAUUAAAUAAAGUAUUAACAACAGCUUAAUAUUAAUGUUAAUAUCACGUUAUGUGGUAUGUAGCAGACACCCCAUCCCCUGGCCCUUUGUCCUAACCUUAACAAUGUCAGGAUGGGACCCUUUGUUUAUUAAAGCUUAAUAAUGCACCAAGUAAAGUUAAUAAAGGGACCCUUAUUUUAAAGUGUUACCACAAUUUAUAAACUCAGGGUAUUGUGAAAGUGUGGUGUUCAUCUCAGUUUGUUUAACCUUGGUAAAUCUGUGACAUAUGUGAAUGUGUUGCAUCAUUCAGUCUCGAAGCGCCUUCAACAAAAAAAAAAAAAAAGAAAAAUUGAUUAUUUGUGCCUGUCAGGUAGGGAACACAGAAAUGUCCGUGUCUCCUUCCCGCCGACGGGAUGGCCAAGCGUGUAAACGUAACUCUCUGCUCUAGUUUGUCUCUAACUAAAGCCUACUGUAACUUUAGGGGGAGUUUUACCUCCUACUACAGCGUGCCGUAUUUGGAAUCAGCAUUUGCUGCCUUUUGUAAUGUCAGCUUUUUUUCCUCUGAACACCACAGUGCACAGAGAGCAACGUGUGAUAAAAAUAUAACUCCAACGGACUCUGUGCACCCAUUCUUUGAAGUAGGCUGCAUGCCCGAAGAGCUUAUGUAACUGAUUUCUUACUCUCUAUUGAACACAUGUAGAUUUGUAAAGAUACCUCUUGAUAAAGUAUUUUUCAUUUAAAAAAUACUUAAAACUCACAGAUAGAAUCCAUAUUAUUGUAAAAGUUGUAUGCUUAUUAUAACUCAUCUCAAUUCAGUGAGUUGAAAGUAUGCUUUGAGUGCAUUACUUUAAAAAAGAAGUGUUCAAUCUCAGUUUUUAUAUGUUUUUGUAUAUUUUUGGUAAAAUAUGAAAAUAUAUAUAUGUUCAGCUGACUGAGCCUGGGUGCUCCUAGUGUAUUUUAUUUCUCCUAAAAUACUGUGAUAGACAUUUUACUAAGUAUCAGACCUGCCCUGUAUAUGAAUUUUAAUUUAUUCAGCAGGUUAAGGAGAAACCCGACAUUAUAAUUGACAAUCACACUUGUCAGACUCUCCUAGAGAACAAUGUAUAUUUCAGCAAACUGGAAUAAAGAGUUUUCUCUUUAAAAACACCAACAUUUUGUGAUGAAUUUUGUGUUUGAAUUAAUUUUUGUUUUUAUUAAACACUGAGAAGAAAAUUUUAUUUAAAAUAUGUGCACAUGUGUAAUUAUAUUGCUUACUGGAUUUGACACCUUGAGGACACAAAAGAAUAAUUUUGCAAUGGGUAAAUGACAGAUGCUGCAAUUCUAUACUGGUGAAACUACAAAAAUUAGACUGUCCUGCAAAAGUCAAUUUAUUUCUGUGAUUAAUCUUAGACUGAGAAACAAUGUAAAGGCUCAGGAACCGUUUGCAGGUGUUUUGGAUUCCUUAGCUCAUAUAUCAGUUUCACCUUUUAAGUUGAGUUAUUGACAUGAAUGAACUUUUGCACCAUAUUCUAAUUGUUCGAGUUUUACCUGUAAGGGUUGGACAGUGGUUCCCAAACUUUUCAGCUUCAGAACUACAAAAUACUGACUGUUAAGGCAUGCAACACCAACACCAACAUGACCAAGGUUACAGGUAACCAAGGUAACACCAAGGUUAGAUAAUUCAAGUAAUACAGAAACAUGCUUCAGCUCAUAUUCAAUUAUUUACAAUUGGUUGAGUCUUUGUAAAAAUUACACUAAAAAUAUAGCUUCAGCAAUUAUUUUUCAAUGUUGUUUCGAUUUCUGGAAAUCAUCUAGAGAUCCCGUGUAGCCCUCUGUGACCCAUAGUGUGGUCCCAACCACAACUUUGGAAACCACUGAUGCAUCAAAAUUUAACAGGAGUUUUAGUUUACUUGAAUUACAAUGAAUG